AUGGGGAGAGAUGAAAAAAUCUGGGGAAAAGAUGCAAAACAAUUUGAUCCUAAAAGAUUUUUAAAUUCAGAGGAUGGUUUAAGGCCAAAUAGAUUCAAGUUUGCUGCUUUUCAUGCUGGACCUAGAAAUUGCGUGGGAGAGCAAUUUGCAACUUUGGAAGCAGUAAUGCUUACAAUAUUGAUUUUGAAAGAAUUUAAAUUUGAGUUAAUGCCUGGGCAAAAAUCACCACCGGAAUUUAAAGAUGCUAUGUUAUUAGUUAUGAAGGAUCCUUUAAUGACUAAA